AUGAGGAUUGAAAAGUGCUGGUUCUGCUCGUCAAAUAUAUACCAAGGCCAUGGAACAGUCUAUGUCCGGAACGAUGCAAAAGUCUUUAGAUUCUGCAGAUCAAAGUGCAGAAAACUCUUUGAGAGACGUGUCAAUCCAAGGAAAGUCAAAUGGACAAAGAUAUCGAGAAAGAUGGCCAACAAGGAGCUUUGUAACGACCCCAUCCUGGAGUUCGAGCACCGCCUCAACGAGCCGCGCAUAUACGACCGCAAAGAGGUGCAAAAGACGCUUUCCAGCAUUCCAAAGAUACUUGAUAUAAGGAAGAGAAGAGAAGACUUCUUCAUCAAAGACAGAAUCCUGACAGGACAGGAGGCAAACAAGGAAAGCGAUCUGGAAUACAUCGAAAGACACGCAACCCUGCUUGAAAGUGAAGUUUCCUUCGAAAGCCACACCACAAAGGCCAAGAAAAAAGAAGCCCAGGCCAACUGA